AUGAUGCGUCUUCUUAUAUUUUUCUUCGUCGUUUUUAUUUGUGAGAAAGGAACCGGAACAAUAUAUCAAUGUAAUACAAAUGCUUCAUGUGGAUGUUCAACUUCAUCUACUCUUGUAACACGUAUUAUUGGUGGUGAAAUUGCAGUUCGACAAUCUUGGUCAUGGAUUGUUUCUGUUCGUUCUCAUGGAGAACACAUAUGUGGAGGAUCAAUUCUUUCACCAUCAUUCAUUAUUACUGCUGCUCAUUGUUUCAAAUACACAACUGAUUUAGCAAGUAUCACUAUUCUUGCUGGAUCACUAACUGUAAAAUCUUCAUUGAAUGAUUCAUCUCAAGUUCGUUCAAUUGCUCAACUCUACAAACAUCCUAAUUAUGACUCUUCUUUAUUGACAAAUGAUUUGGCUCUUCUUCGACUGUCUAGUCCAUUGAAUAUGACACACAGAAAUAUCAAACCAAUCUGUUUACCAUCUGGUACUGUUCCUCAACCAUCAAACAAUAUUAGUAUGAUUGCUAUAGGUUGGGGUACAGCAUCAACGUGGCCAAUAACACUUUCUCCAACUCUUCGUCAAGUUACGGUACAAUCCAUAGAAAAUACAUACAGUGGAUGUCAAUACCUUAUUUCUGAUAGUAAACUACAAUUUUGUGCUGGAGUACGAACAGGUAGCAAAGAUACUUGUUAUGGUGAUAGUGGUGGACCAUUAAUGGCAUUUGUUAAUAACAUUUGGCAACUUUGUGGUAUUACAUCCUAUGGAUAUGAAUGUGCAUUACCUGACUAUCCAGGAGUCUAUACUCGUGUUAGUUAUUACAUAAAAUGGAUGAAAUCUAUCAUGCCAUCCAACGAGAUUACAACAACUACAUCUAGCACAACCAAAAAACCAAUAACAACGUUGACUACCACAAAAAAAAACCCAAUGAGAACUACGACUACCACAAACAAAGCACCAACGAGAACUACAACUCGCACGAGCAAGCAACCAAUGGCAGUUAAAGUGGCAGAACUAGUAUUUCAAACAUCAAAUAAUGGUAAACAUUCAACAAUUGAACCAUUGUUUUUUAUAGUUUUUCUGUCAAUAAUAACUAGUAUAUAUCCAUUUCUUUUGUUAGUUUUUCUCUAA